AGUCGACACUACCAUUUAAAUUAGCCUGAGAAAAUUAAGUGUUCAAGUUCAAUAAAGAGAAAAAAAUCAAAUAAAAAAGAAAUAAUUUUGCAGAAAUGCAUAAAAGGAAUAUUUCUGCAAUUUAAUUUUUCUACUGGAACCAAUAUUUAUCGAAUUUACGCAAAGAAUUUAUUGCAAUAGAAAUAAAAGUGUGUUUAAGUUGAAAAAGUGACUUUUGUUUGCAAAAUGACAACAUUCAAUAACGAGCAUUGGGAUUUAAAUAAAACAGCACCUCAACAUCCCGAAGGACCAUCUUACAUGUCAGACGUAGUGCCUCCCACAUUUACACCAUCGAUUUGGAGUCAAGAACAGCCACCGCCAAUGGUUUCUUAUCCAGAAUUAAUGGGCUUUCCAUGCUCCGAUUUGGCACUUUGGCCACGUUCGCAAAUCGGUGGUUUAGUUUCACAGCGUCUAUCACCUCGGGGAGCAUUGACCGCUCCAAAUAGCAACGGAAAUGCAUCAGUAACACCAAAGAAAACCCGAAGACGUGUUGCAUCAUUAGCACAACGUCGUGCCGCAAAUAUUCGAGAGCGACGACGAAUGUUUAAUUUGAACGAAGCAUUCGAUAAAUUACGAAGAAAAGUGCCAACGUUUGCAUAUGAGAAGCGUUUGUCACGAAUUGAGACGUUGCGUUUGGCAAUCACUUACAUUGGUUUCAUGACGGAAAUAUUGAGUGGAACUCCGCCAAAUGAACCGAAUCGUGGAAAUGAUCUAGCGUAUCCGCCGUCAACAUCUCAUCAUCAUCACCAUAUACCGAUGCAACGUGACUUCAUACCGCCAUAUAAUCACCAAUGAAAACGAUCCGCAUCGAACAAAUGAGAAUCGAUAUCGAUAUAUGUACACUCUUUUUUUGAUUUUGUUUUGUCGUUAUUGUUGUUAUAAUGAAAAGCAUGUUCAAUUUUAAAUUGGCAACAAUCGAAAGUGAAGCGAAAAAACAUGACUGAAAAUAAAACAUCAGUUCCAAUCAAAGUGAAAGUUUUCGUGCGGACAGUUAUGUGUGGAACCAUCACAAUGGUCGAUCACCGAACAUCAAAACCAUGUGCAAACAUUAACAAGAGAAGAAGAAGAAGAAGAAACGAAAAGAAAAACGUCCAAAUGUCGUUAGUUUUCAUUAUUUUUUGUUUAUUAAGCCAAUUCUUUAAUUUAUCAUAUAUACGUUUAAUAUUAUUUUGGAUUGUAUAAACUAACGUUUAAAUGGAUUCUCUCACUUCUUGUCUUAAUGUCUAAUUCAGAGGCACUAAUCGUAAUAUCAUCAAUUUCUUUAAAAAACUAUUUACACAUUUAAAGAAAAAAGCGCGCGUUUUUUUUUGUGUUUCGGUCGAAUUAAAGCGAAAAUUAUUCUUUUUUUUAGUU